GAUGGUCAUGAGAAGCUCGCAGAACAGGGUCUGCAAAUGGGCAAAGGUGUUCAUUUGCCUAUUUAUGCCUUGAAGGACCAAUACUUGAGUUUUCUACAUGCUUGUGUCAUAAUGCCAAACAGGCAUGAAGGACAUAUUAUCGCUCAUUAUUAUCUGAACCUUAUUGAGUCUCGAGGAGUUCAUAUCUCUAUCCAACUUAUGAUUGACAAGGGUUCAGAGGUCAAUGAAAUGAUCAAGAUUCAUGAGGCACUAAGAAUUGAAGCUGCUCCUGAUUAUACAUCUGACACCUGGCUGAUGAUGGUACAGUUCUCAAGUAUCCACAACACUCCAUUCAAGUCUUUCUGGUGGUGGAAGCAGGAUGGAGAUGGUCAUACACUGCAUUAUGUCCUACAGGUUGGAGUUGAGCAAGAUAUAUUUGUUGCAUGA